CGAGCUCUCCUCUCAUUCACUCUCUUCCCUCCCACCAACACCCUCGUCACUCCCCAUCCAUCCACUCUCCAUACCAUCUCUGCAAACAUGAAGGGAGCUCUUAUGACAUCGGCCCUGGUGGCCGGCGCCCAGGCCGGCGUCCACAAGAUGAAGCUCCAGAAGAUACCCUUGUCUGAGCAGCUCGAGGGUAUGAACAUCGAGUCCCAGGUACAGCGCCUCGGCCAGAAGUACAUGGGCAUCCGCGCUCAAGGUCGCCUCGACGAGAUGUUCAAGGAGACGUCUGUUGCACCAGAAGCGGGCCACCCAGUCGCCGUCAGCAACUUCCUGAACGCACAAUACUUCAGCGAGAUUGCAGUAGGAACACCCCCACAAGAGUUCAAGGUGGUUUUGGACACUGGCAGCUCCAACUUGUGGGUGCCGAGCUCAGAGUGCGGCAGCAUCGCAUGCUACCUGCACUCCAAGUACAACCAUGGAGACUCCAACACAUACAAGCAGAAUGGUUCGGAAUUUGCCAUCAGAUACGGCUCAGGCAGUCUUGAGGGAUAUGUCAGCCAGGACACUGUCCAGAUCGGCGACUUGAAGAUCAAGGACCAGCUCUUCGCUGAAGCUACAUCCGAGCCAGGCCUUGCCUUCGCCUUUGGACGCUUCGACGGUAUUAUGGGUCUUGGUUACGACACCAUUUCCGUCAACGGCAUUCCACCACCAUUCUACAACAUGAUUGACCAAGGUUUGCUCGAUGAGAAGGUCUUCGCUUUCUACCUGAGCUCAACCGACAAGGGCGACGAGUCCGAGGCCAUCUUCGGUGGCGUCAACAAGGACCACUACACUGGCGACAUGACCAAGAUCCCUCUUCGCCGCAAGGCCUACUGGGAGGUUGACCUCGAUGCCAUCACCUUCGGCAAGCAGACCGCCGAGAUUGAUGCCACUGGUGCUAUCCUCGACACCGGCACUUCGCUCAUCGCUCUUCCAUCCACUCUUGCCGAGCUUUUGAACAAGGAGAUUGGUGCAAAGAAGUCUUACAACGGCCAAUACACUGUUGACUGCAGCGCCCGUGACUCUCUUCCAGACCUCACCUUCACUCUUACUGGCCACAACUUCACCAUCGACUCGUACGACUACAUUCUGGAGGUGCAGGGCAGUUGUAUCUCUGCCUUCAUGGGCUUCGAUAUCCCAGAGCCCGCUGGUCCUCUUGCUAUCCUCGGUGACGCGUUCCUCCGCAAGUGGUACUCUGUCUAUGACCUCGAGAACAAUGCGGUCGGUCUCGCAAAGGCCAAGUAAGGAGUAGUGGAAGUACAUGUCAUAGUUCACGAUGGCAAGUAGAGCACUCAAUGGCUGAAGUAGAGGAGCAAGAGAAAGUCAAGCCCCAGGACAGCGCAACGAGCAUUUGAGACUAACUAGUACGGUAAUACAUCAUUUCAUAGUAUCCUCUGUACGAAGAUAAGCUGCUACAUAUUGAAGACCUCUCGUUCAUGG